ACCCGAUCUCCAUAAAGCUCCACGAUUCCACAUUUUCAUUUUCUUUUUAGCUUCACUGUGCAUGGCCCUACCCAGACCCGGACCCGGACUCGGACCCGGAUCACAAGCCCGUAGGACCCAGCCCGCCCACACCUUAUAUCAUGGUGUCCUCUCACCAUCACAAUUGAAUGCAGAGUUACUUGUUCCUUAUGGUGUAGCUAGCUAAUUGCUUUCUCUCUCUAUUCUCUCUCUCUGUAGAAGGAAGGCUGGUGUGUGUGGGCGUCGGAGCCAUUAUGCGCGGGAUGGAGGUUAACGAUAACAGCAGCAGUAGUAAUACAGUGGCGCCGUUUGUGAUGAAAACCUACCAAAUGGUGAACGAUCCGGCGACGAAUCGGCUCAUCGCGUGGGGGAGGGCAAACAAUAGUUUCAUCGUUUUGGAGCCGUUGGAUUUCUCGCAGAGGAUUUUGCCGGCAUACUUUAAGCAUCAUAAUUUCUCCAGCUUCGUGCGCCAGCUCAAUACUUAUGUAUUGGAGAGCUCAUCCAAUUUUGGGGGAGGAGCGGCGGAGAGGAUUCAUAAAGUGUGAAAUUCGAUUGUGGCUGUGGAGGCGGUCGGCAAUGGCGGGUUUCAGAAAGGUGGAUCCGGAUAGGUGGGAGUUCGCCAACGAGUGGUUCCUACGCGGCCAAACGCAUCUACUCUGCAACAUCGCGAGGCGGAAACACACGAGCAGAAGCGGCGGCGGCCACCUCAAGCAGGAAGACGAGGAAGACGAGGUCCUAAUCGCGGAGAUCGCCAAGCUGAAGCAGGAGCAGAAGAGCCUCGAGCAAGAGCUCCAGAGCAUGAACCGCAGGCUGGAGGCAACGGAGAGGAGGCCCCAGCAGAUGAUGACGUUCCUCUGCAAAGUCGUGCAAGACCCCGACAUCCUGCCCCAGAUCAUGCUCGAGAAGGAGAAGAUGCGGCGGCUCACCCCCGACAAGAAGAGGAAGCUCAUGAUCACCACAUCCUCGUCCAACUCCUUGUCGGGGACUGCCCACUCCGGCUCCUCCGUCAAGAGCGAGGACGAUCAAGAUCAAGAUCAAGAUCAAGAUCAUGAUCGGCCCAAUGCAAUGGCGGAAUCCACUCCCAUCUCGUCGCCGGACGGGAACUUCGACCACGACGCUUACCCGUCCUCGCCCUCGCUCGAGAUGUCGUCGCCGGAGUGGCUGAGCCACGGCCGGUUUAAUGUCGGUGUGUCGAUGCCUAUCAUCAGGCCGGACCACCGCCCUAAUUACGCCAAUCUAUCUAGUCCGUCGGGGAUCGACCUUGGCCGCGGAAGCGAUGGUUUGGCGGCGGUGAGUAGCGGCGCCGGGCAUGAGGCGGCGGAUGGUUUUGGUUAUUUGGAAAGGUUGGUGGCGGAGGAGAGUGGUAAUCCUCCGCCACCUUACCCUUUCUCUUUGUUGGGUGGGGGUUUCUAAUUAAGAUUUUGUUCGUUUAAUUUCGAUUAAUUAGUUUAGUGUGGGAAUUUACUUAUUUGUUUUACCCGUUUGGUGGUAGGAUUUAAAAGAUAUGAAGGAAAUAAUAAGAUGAUGGGGUUUAGUAUAUAGUGUAUCUUCUGGCAUUGCGUUUGUAAAUGUGUUGUAACACUAGUUAUAAUUAAGACAAAGGUUAUAGAAAGUAUAUUCUUCACUA